GAAUUCAACCGUGGUCCCUGACAGCAGUGUCUUGCUCAAUCCACCGAAUAGCAGGUGAAACACGUUCAACGAAGCACACGCUUACGUCACGCUCACUUUUAAGCGCAUAGGACAUCUCCAGGGAGGGUGUUCGCAGUUUCACGAUGAUUUCCUUAGCGAUCUACAAACAUUUCAAGGAUUUCGCCAGGAUGAAGAAGGAGGCGCAAUCUAUAGAUAACUGGGUUAAAGAGCAACAAGCGGCUGCCACCCCUAACCGGACUCUACCACCUGAAGUUGCUAGUUUCAUACGUAAUGCAAAUCUGCAGCAGGUGCUUGCCAUGCUGGUCGAUGGAGUCUAUUCCCGUGACAAGGAAACUACCAGCUUCCAGUAUUUGUCGAAACAUUUCGUUGAGGCCGAGUACGAAGCAGACGUCCGGACGGAAUUGUACACGGCUAUUUAUUGGACGCGCAUGGAUGAACUCACCUUUAAUUUAGAAGACGAGUCCACGGUGGGGAUCAGGCAUUACCUUCGAAAAGAUACUCAUCCCAACGCGGCCGCCCCUCGCCUUGUCAUCGCUCUUCGGGGCACGAAAACCAGCAACGCUCGAGACAUUCUGGACGACCUCAGAGUUAUGCUUAACUCACUUCACCAGAGCACCCGCCACAAAAAGUCCUUGAUUUGGUCUCGAAGUUUCAAGGCCACCCAUAUAAUGGUAAACCUCACGAAAUUUAUAUCACUGGACACUCACUUGGAGGAGCGAUCGCACUUCUCAUUGCCAAAGAUCUCGCCUCCAUGAAUCCUCCUCAUCGUUUGGAAACCCACCUUUUCAA